AUGCCGCAGUGCGGGAGGCCAAUUCCAUUUGAUGAUCUAAAGAGGCUCGGCAUACCACCUCCUCCCGAAGGAAGAUAUAUGUCACGUUUUCAGAUCCCAUCUCCACCGAGAAGAAGAAGCGGAAGAAGAAGUAAUUCUUCUGAAACUGGUCAAGACUUUGACGACGAGCAUGAGAAACCAACUAGUUCGUCUCGUCGCCACGAAAGGUCGUCGAGUCCCGAUUGCUUACAUGGCAAUAGGUCUACUAGGCACUACAAUGAAGAACACCUUGAAAGGCAGCACAAAAAAGAUAGGCAUUCUUACAGGCACGAAAAGAGGCCGUCUGAAGGUGAUGCUUCGUCGUCUGGGAAAAGGCGGCGUGUCGAUAGCAAAAAACGAGGUUUGUAUGAACAUGACAGGUGGAGUCCUAGGUAGCA